CCCAUGUAUCCACUUGUCCCGUCGUCCAUCUGAGGUUUCUCGGAAUGGUGCAUUGACCUUUCGCUUCGCGCCCCGGAAUUUUUUUGAAUUCCCAUUGACAGGCAGGCUCAUGGCAGCUCUCAACCGAUCUCCCCCCAAUCUGCCCUUUCCCACCAACACACCAUGUCGGCCGACAAACGUAACCAAUUUCUUGACGCCGGGGAUAGCGACGAUGACGCAGGUCAUGGGUACGACUCCGAAGAAGAUUUCCAGAAGGGCGGGCGCAGCGCGAAGCGGAGGAGAGUCGACGAUGACGAGAGCGACGCCGAAGACGUUAGCGACCAAGAGGAGGGACACGGCGAGGAUGAGGAGCCUAGUCUGAGAGAGCACACCGCAGACUCUGGAGACGCACGCGGCGACGACGAAAUUACAGAAGAGGGCCCUUUGGGCGGCAAAUCGGACUUGCCAGCAGAGUUGCCCGGGGUGUCGAAACCGCUCGCAAAGAAGAACCUUAUUGCGUCGGAGGCUGCGAUCAAGAAGUCUGGGGUAGUUUAUCUGUCAAGGAUUCCGCCCUUUAUGAAGCCCGCAAAACUACGUUCACUCCUCGAACCAUACGGCAAAAUCAACAGGAUCUUCCUCACCCCCGAAGACCCGACCGAGCACACCAGACGCGUACGCAACGGGGGCAACAAGAAGCGGUCAUUCACUGAGGGCUGGGUCGAGUUUGUGAAGAAGAAGGACGCGAAAAAAGUUUGCGACUUGUUGAACGCCCAGACUAUUGGGGGGAAGAAAUCGAGCUGGUACCACGACGAUGUGUGGGCCCUGAAGUACCUCAACGGCUUUAAGUGGCACCAUCUCACCGAGCAAAUAUCGGCUGAGAAUGCCGAACGGACGAGCAGAAUGCGCGCCGAAAUCGCCAAGACCACGCGCGAGAACAAGGAAUUCGUCCGCAACGUCGAGAGGGCGAAGGUCAUCAAUGGGAUCCAAUCGAAAGCAGCCGCCAAACGGAAGAAUACCGAGGAUGGAGAGGAGAAAGCGGGCGGCGAAGCGGCGGCCGGGAAAACGGAUGGCGAGCCGGCGCAGGACAAGAGACGGACGUUCAAACAAAUACCGCUAGCAAAGAAAAGGAAACAGGAGGAACAGCCGGAGCAUGUCCAGAGAGUUCUCAGCAAGAUCUUCUAAUUGUCGGCGGAGAACGAGACAAGAAAAGGGGUUGUUUACCCUUCUCUUAGGUUCUGUUGCUGGUACAUACUUAGUCUUGAGCGUAUACCCCUUUAUUGACUUGCAAAGACAGUCACGUCCAGCUUUGUUUCUCUAUGGCACCAAUGGCCGUCAUAUCAUUAAACACAUUUCUAGACGAGUACAGAUACUCUCCCC